AGAGAUUCCGAAUAUGCAGCAAUGCGCAUAUCGUAGAGUACGGAUUCUGCGCCUCUAUUUUGCCUGUAAUGGUGUUGUGGCUGAGGACACAUUAAGGUGGCGUUAACGUUGCCUCCGUGCCGGGAGGUCGGCCCGUCCAAACAUUACCUCAUCAGUCCCGAUGAGUACCCUCACAGUCACCUAGCAGCACUACGAAUUCGCGCCAACCUCAAUUCAUUUCGGACUUGGCCUCCUACCACCACCACCACCUCCGUCGUCCAUCCGAUAACCUUUUUCUUUCUUUUCCGAAAAUCAUAUCUAUCCGGAUUCCAAGUCCGAGGACUCUUGUCAUGUCAAACAACCCGAACGUGGCGUUCGAUUUUGAUCCCUCUCCUUCGUUGCGAAAAGACCCGUCUGGAUUCAUGCAAUCAGAUCAGACCUGCGUUCACUGUUUUCAAGGAUGCUCGGAGGAUGUCUGUGCUCAAAGGAACCUUGAAAUGACCUCCCAGUGCACAGAUCAGUGUGUUGUGGUUACCUGCAACGACCUCACACAUAGCAGCGCUUCCUUGACUUGCGACGAGAGCGAUCACUGUGACUUUAUUUGUGACGGGGCUACCAACUGUCCGGACUGCAGUGGCCUGGAUGAAUUUCUCCAGCUCCAGUGUUGCACCGGCUUGCAUUCCUAUUUUUCAGACCCUAAAGCCCAGCACCAGUCUGCCUGGGAGCCGACCUUCGAUAGGCUAUGUAAUUGCAAUGAGACUCCCAGGAAUGCAUUCUCCAGCGGCUCGUCAUCAUCCUCAGAGUCACCGUCGCCGUUUCUCGACAUGCAGCCCCCUCCUAAUUUCUCGAGUCAUAAUUCUUCUACGCCGCCGGAAUCAGGUACCUCAUCGUUUAUGGACUUGGCGUCUGGCCAACCCUCGUCACUUCCACCGCUGUCCUGUAUGUGGGGCGAUUGCCAUGCUCGUUUUCACGCCAUGGAGCAGCUCGUAGAGCAUGUCAAUCUCGAGCACCUUAGUCUAUCUUCUCCUAUGCCUCCAUCUGCUCCUUGUCAGUGGGGAGACUGUCACGAACAGCUCUCGCAGCAACCGGAGCUCUCAUUAGACGUUCUAGCAAAUCACCUCUUCCAGGACCAUCUGAUGUGGCCGACUUCAAUAGAGCCCAUCGCAUCCUCUUCCACUUCACCUCUAACACCGACCCCUGCUCCAGUGGAUUUUGGGCUGCUUACUCCUCUACCUCCACCUGCGACAUCGGAGCAUAAAUGUUCCGAAACGCAGCACAUCUGCCACUGGCAGGGAUGUGGGAAAUCUUUCUCUACUUGCGACGAUCUCACAGUUCAUCUCGCAUCUGAGCAUGUUGGAUCGGGCAAGGCUCAUUACGACUGCUACUGGAACGAUUGUGCUCGACAUGGCGAACAAGGGUUUAGCAGCAAACAGAAAAUAUGCCGGCAUCUGCAGUCCCACACAGGGCAUCGACCAUUUCAAUGUAAGACCUGUCACCAGAACUUUUCGGAGGCUGCGACAUUACAGCAGCAUAUGCGGCGGCAUACCCAAGAGAAGCCAUAUUCGUGUGAUCAUCCCGGUUGCGGCAAGUCUUUCGCUAUCGCAGGAGCGUUGACAAUACAUAAACGUACACAUAAUGGGCAUAAGCCUUUCAAGUGUACUUAUUGCGAGCGUGCUUUUACGGAGUCAUCAAAUCUUUCCAAGCAUCUCCGUACGCACACUGGCGCGCGUCCUUAUCCGUGUACGGAACCUGGUUGCAACAAGUGUUUCGCUCGGCCUGAUCAAUUGACGAGGCAUAUGAAUGUCCACAGAAAAAAGCAUGUGGAGAGAUGAUGCAUCAGGGAUAACAUAGUUAAA